CUACGAGCUUUUUUUUUCUCGACAUUUUCCGCGUCGGCACCACACCCCAACCCUGCCUCUUCUUUCCAUCUUCUUUUUGAGUGGGUUCGCGGUAGAGGUUUUUGGGUAUCGAAGUUUUGGAUAAAGGGAAAGGAAUAGGGUUGCGGCUCGGAGUUUUGAGAAGACAAAACAAAAAGGCGCAGAGAAAGGCGAUGCUCGUGUUUUCUUGAUGGAAUCCGAUUCGAGGAGGAGGAAGAAGAGUAGGUCUUGAUGCUCUGACGUCUCUCGGCUCGGAGAGUGAGAGUUGGGGGAAGAGGCAGCGGAGGAGAGAGGAUUUGGUCGGUUGGACUGGCCGGAAUCAUGUCGCAGACCAACUGGGAAGCCGAUAAAAUGCUGGAUGUAUAUAUUUAUGAUUAUUUAGUGAAGAGAAAUCUGCAGGCAACCGCAAAGGCCUUCCAAGCUGAAGGGAAGGUAUCUUCUGAUCCUGUCGCAAUUGAUGCUCCUGGUGGUUUUCUUUUCGAGUGGUGGUCUGUUUUUUGGGAUAUAUUCAUUGCACGGACAAAUGAAAAGCAUUCCGUUGUCGCAUCCUCAUACAUUGAGACUCAACAUGCAAAAGCAAGAGAGCAGCAGCAGCCACCACCUCAACAGCAGCAACAACAUCAACAAAUUCAAAUACAACAACUUUUACAGAGGCAGCAGCAGCAGCAACAUCCGCAGCAGCAACAGCAGCAGCAGCAAUGUAGAGAGGGAGCUCAUCUUGUAAAUGGCACCAUGAAUGGGCUUGUUGGUAGUGACUCUUUAAUGCGGCAGGGUUCUGGAAUUGCUAAUGCCUUGGCAACAAAAAUGUACGAGGAGCGAUUGAAGUUGCCACUUCAAAGGGACCCUUUGGAUGAAGCAUGUACGAAGCAAAGAUUUGGUGAAAAUGUGGGUCAGCUAGUGGAUCCAAGCCAUGCAUCAUUGUUAAAAUCAGCUGCAACAUCUGGGCAGCCUUCAGGGCAACUUUUUCAUGGUUCAGCUGGUGGCUUAUCAGGGACUUUGCAGCAAGUUCAGGCUAGGAAUCAGCAACUUCCUGCAGCAACACAGGACAUCAAGACUGAGAUGAAUCCUGCUUUGAACCCUAGAGCUACAGGUCCUGAUGGGUCACUAAUUGGAAUUGCAGGAUCAAAUCAAACGGGGAACAACUUGACUUUGAAAGGAUGGCCACUCACAGGACUUGACCAGCUCCGUUCAGGAAUUCUGCAACAACAAAAAUCAUUUAUGCAAUCCCCACAACAAGUUCAGCAACUUCAAUUUCUAAGUCCACACCAACAACAGCUACUUCUUCAGACGCAGCAGAAUUUGGCAUCCCCAUCAGCUGGUGAUGUUGAUGGCAGAAGGCUAAGGAUGCUUCUGAACAAUAGGAACAUGCUUCUUGGGAAGGAUGGUCGGUCAAACAAUGUUGGUGAUGUCAUUCCAAAUGUUGGAUCUCCUAUGCAAACUCCAUGCCCUGUUAUGCCUCGUGCUGAUACAGAUAUGCUAAUUAAGAAAAUAGCUCAGUUGCAACAGCAGCAUCAGCACCAGCACCAAAGUGGCAGCCAACAGCAGCAGCUUCAACAGCAUGCUAUUUCAAGUCUGCAGCCGCAAAAUUCAAAUUACCUUCUUCCUCAACAAGAGAAGCUCAGUACCUGCAAUGUAACAGUGGACGGAAGCAUGUCAAGCUCCUUUAGAGGAACUGAUCAGGCUUCAAAAACUCAAGGUGGGCGUAAGCGAAAGCAGCCUGUCUCAUCCUCAGGUCCUGCAAACAGUUCAGGAACUGCAAACACUGCUGGACCCUCUCCAAGCUCGGCACCCUCAACGCCAUCUACCCACACACCAGGAGAUGCAAUAUCAAUGCCACAACUGCAACAAAAGGGUGGGUCAUCUAAGCCAUUGAUUGUCUUUGGUUCUGAAGGAACUGGAACUCUAACAUUGCCAUCAAACCAGUUAUGGGAUGAUAAAGAUAUUGAAUUGCAGGCUGACAUGGAUCGGUUUGUGGAGGAUGGAUCUUUGGGUGAUAAUGUCGAGUCUUUUUUAUCUCAUGAUGACACUGAUCCAAGAGAUACAGUUGGUCGCCAUAUGGAUGUCAGCAAAGGGUUUGCAUUUACUGAGAUUAGAUCAGCCCAAGCAAGUACAAAUAAAGUCGUCUGUUGCCACUUCUCCUCUGAUGGAAAACUGCUAGCAACUGGAGGCCAUGAUAAGAAGGCUGUUUUGUGGUGCGCGGAAACUCUAACACCAAAAUCAACAUUGGAAGAACACAAUUUGCUGAUUACCGAUGUUCGAUUUAGCCCAAGCAUGCCACGUCUGGCCACAUCUUCCUUCGACAAAACUGUGAGGGUUUGGGAUGCUGAUAAUCCUGGAUAUUCCCUUCGUACUUUUACGGGCCAUUCAGCAUCGGUUAUGUCUCUGGACUUCCACCCAAAUAAAGAAGAUCUCAUAUGCUCUUGUGAUGGUGAUGGAGAAAUACGUUACUGGAGCAUUAACAAUGGCAGCUGUGCUAGAGUUUUUAAGGGUGGAACAAACCAAAUGAGAUUUCAACUUCGUCAGGGAAGAUAUCUUGCAGCUGCUGCUGACAACAACAUAUCCAUGAUAGAUGUGGAGACACGAGUUUGCAGGCAAACACUGAAGGGACACAGGAACCAUGUUGAUUCUCUGUGCUGGAAUCCUUCGGGUGAUCUUCUGGCUUCUGUCAGUGAAGACUCGGUCAGGGUGUGGUCGUUCGGUUCAGGGAGUGAAGGUGAAUGUGUGCAUGAGCUGAGCUGCAACGGAAACAAGUUCCAUUCAUGUGUUUUCCACCCCACUCAUCCAUCUUUGCUUGUUAUCGGCUGUUACCAGUCAUUGGAACUUUGGGACAUGCCUGAGAGCAAGACGAUGACUCUUCCAGCGCAUGAAGGUUUGAUUGCGGCCUUGGCAGUAUCAAAUGUAACUGGAUCGGUGGCUUCAGCAAGUCAUGACAAGUUUAUUAAACUCUGGAAAUAACCACCUUUUUCAAGCAGGAUUUCAGCUGUUGUAUCUGUUACAAAAGCUGCAGGGCUCUGGGCAAUAUCUACUUCCUCCUGAUGCCUGUUUUUGAUUGUGGUGCGGUGAUAUGACAGGAAGUGUUUUUAGCCCUUGGUGGCUGCGUUCCAGGAUCACUAACACCAGUCAAGUCCAUUAUCACAUCACAAAUUUUCUGCAUGUUGUUAUACUUUGAGUGAUGGCUGCUACUGCUGCUGCUUUAACUGCUCUGUUUUACCAAACAGGUAGACCUGAUCCAUAUUUACUUAUACAUGGUUAUUAGCACCGAGUCUGUGCACUGUUUUGAUGUUUUGUAUAUAAGUAAUAGAAAGUAAGCAUCCAUUUACAGCAUCAAC